AUGCCUGUUCAGCCUAUCCCCGAACAUGAAGGGGAGUCACUGCAGGGCGCUCCUCAAUCGCCGCUAUCAUCCCAUCAUAGCGUCGGCGAUACCAUUUCAAUGACUAGCAGCCUGGAUCAGAACACUACAGCAACGAAUACUGUCUACAUGGUGCCUGAAGACAUUCCUCAUAACUCAUGGCUAUCUCUACAGAGUGACUCAACGGAAAUCCCCCCUGAUUCAAUUCAGGAUCGUAACAGAUUUGAAAGGUUCGGAGCCAAUUCUCAACCAAAGAGCGCGACUCAAGUAAAGGAGCCCCUUUCAUGGUGGUGGUGGUGGGAAAUUCUCGCCAUUGCUACCAGCAUUGCUAGCUUGUGUAUCCUGAUCUAUUUUUUGAUGAGGAUGAACAAUCUACCAUUGGAGAAGUGGUGGCUCCCAAUACAGCCAAACUCCCUCGUUGCCGCAUUGGCAACAAUAGCGAAAGCAGCAAUGAUGGUGCCAGUCACAUCCUGUAUCGGACAGCUUAAAUGGCGUCAUUUUACAGUUCGCCCGCGAAGACUCGUCGACUUACAGAUAUUCGAUGAUGCUAGCCGAGGGCCCUGGGGUUCGGCUGUGCUGUUAUGGAGUUUGUGCUUCCGUGUGCGAGUAUUGGUCACAUUUGGUUUCGCGUUUAUCACAAUUGUUGCGCUUGGCAUCGAUACGACGGCACAACAAGUUCUGAAGUUUCCCCUGCAAGAGUCACCUUUGACUAAUGUGUCAGUGGAGUUGGGCAUGACCAAAUUAUACAACUCCAAAGGCUUCUUCGAGAAUCCACACUACUCGAGUUUCAUAUGGUCCCCGAACUCUGACCUUCUCGCUGUUCAGGCAUCUAUCAUCAAUGGGGUAACAGGAUCGGUCUUUAAACCAUACUUUAAGUGCCCUGAACCUGCUAGUCGAUGUCAUUGGGGCAACUUCACGACGCUGGGAGUUUGCAGCAACUUCACAGACGUGACGAAUGUUGCCGUACCUAAGUGCAAUCAUACAGGGCUGGGCCUCAAUUGCACCUAUAGCUUCCCCGGAAUGCCCUAUAUAGACGACACGGAAGCAAUGGUUAUGGCUUGGAAUACGGAAAGUGACGGUGGAUUUGAUCCAAGUAUGCUUUUUCAAUCUCGAGUUAUAUCACACGGUACGGGGGCUAAUGGCGGCCCUUUUGCUUCUUUCAUGGCGGUAAAGGUGACAGAUAGUAGCAGCCCCUAUCCUAAACCUGAAUCAAUUUAUGGUGGGGAGUUGCAUCCACCUGCUACUAACGUGUACUCAAGCACGUUUUCUUGGUGUGCUAAAACCUUUUACAACACUACAGGCUCUCAAGCUGAUAUUCACGUCGACUCUAUGUCCUUUGAGCCAUUGAACUUGACUGAUGAGCUGUUUUUCGAUAAUGGGACGCGGACUACUUGUUACACUUACGUAUCCGAACUUACAGGACUUAAUUUCUAUAUUUCUAAGAUGGCUGCGACCAGUCUGCCUGGUUACAUGUACACUAUAUUGAGUGCUACAGUAUACCAUGAAAUCUUUCGACCAGACUCAAGUCUAGAACACCAACAACUUCAGAUAGGGUCUGCCUUACAAAAUUCGAAUCUCGAGAUGGUCAUUACGAAUAUCGCGGAAACAUUGACGAACCAGAUACGAAGUCAGAACCCGGGAGACAACUUCAACGCUUCCGUUGCCAUGGGGGAGGCUUUCUUUGAAGAAACAUACAUUUGCGUACGCUGGGGGUGGAUGUCACUUCCUAUCGCGGAAGUGCUGUUGACCACCACACUCUUUGUGGUGACGAUCAUCAUCACACGCAAGCAACCCCUUCUCAAGCAAUCACUCAUCGCUCUGUUGAUGAACAGGCUUGAGGGUUGGCCAGAUGACGAGCUGGACGUGCCUGAACCUCAGACCCAGGAAAAGCUGGAUGUCCUAGCUAAGAAGAUGCUGGCUCAGCUUAAAGCUAACGAUCAGGACCAUUUGAGAUUCUUCAAAUCAUGA